GCAUUUCUGCGGACGAAACGAUAUCUGCGUUUGUCUAACCGUGCGCUUUUCUUACUGCGUUUCAGGGAGUUCUACUACAUCCAAAUGGAGAAAUACGCGAGACAAGCAGUUUCGGAGGGCGUGAAGAACGUCGAGGAUCUCCGAGUCGGUGGCGACUCCGAAAUCUACCGGGUUCUCAACCUUCACUACAACCGUAAUAACCACAUUGAGGUAUGGGGUCCCCAGGUACCCACCAACUUCAGGUACGUUGUGGAGCAGACGUUGAAAGAGUUUUUCAAAGCGAUCCAGGGCGGCAAGGACUCCGAGCAGAGCUGGAAGAAGUCCAUCUACAAGGUGAUCUCGAGACUGGACGACCCGGUGCCGGAGUACUUCAAGAGCCCGAACUUCCUGGAGCAGCUCGAAUGAAUCAGGAGGUCGCGUGGCUCUUGCUCUUCGUGGUGCGCGGGCUCGCCCGCGCUCGUCGGCUUCCGAAACUAAUCAGGAAACGACCAAAAACGAGGGAGGAUCGGCAUCCGCCAGGAGGUACACGUCCUUCGCGUAGUGCGUGUUCAGGUAUCCUUAAAUAACAUAUCGCAAAAACGAACGAGGGCUAGGAAGGGAGAGAGAGAGAGAGAGGAGACAACACGGACAGAGCCAAGGAGACGGAGGCACCAUCGACGUCCGUGGCCGACGUCAAGAUGCCAACGAAGGAUCAGGCUGUGACUGAAAUCACGAAAUCAAACAGGAAAGACGGGAAGAAGCGUACCGCAUAUACACAUGUGCACACGCAUGAACACACACAUAUACAUAGGCAUACGUCCAUUGAAAAAAAAAAAAUAAAAAAGUAACAAAUACUGCGAAUCUACGGCUGACGAAAAAAAAAACUUCGACAGUCGCCAAGUGUCGAACGCUCAUCGACGUUCCUCUUGUUUCAACCGAGAACGAGCACGAGAAGGUGAUUCCUGGGACACGAGACGAAGAAGCACGACGAAAUGCGUGGUCAACGAAACGGCGAGAAUAGAAUUUUAGCGUCGAUUUUGUCCGAUCUGUUUGUAAUGUAGAGUAUAAUUACUUCGUGUUUACCGCCUAAUUUUACAUCACACGAUAAGAAUAGGGAUUAUUUAAAAGAGACGAUAACACUGCUGGGGUUGUACUCACAGAGAAAGGGAUGGAGACUUUCGAGAAAACGUUUGCGAGCAUAUCCAAAGAUUGACUUUUAAGUCUCGUGCGUCGCGCGGCGAUUCCUCCUCUGGUUCUGGAAACGAGACCCGGAAGCGGAAUCCUCGCCGACCGGGAAGCGACGCGGGACGAGAGCAGCGUCUCCCGUCCCGCGCCGUUUCCGCGGAGAAAACAGUUUGGUGGAUGAGGAGAAAACCUUGCGCCAAGACCAUUUCGGAUAAUCCUACUUUGAACUCUGCAAGUAGCUUCGGUUUCGCGAAGAUCGAUGCUCCCCGAUAAAAUUCUGAAGAAAUUGAGACUUCUUAUCGCCGAAUGAACACCGCAAUGGCGAUUCAUACCUCGAUAAGAGGGCACCUUUGCUGCAAUCUAUAGCACACACACACCCACACACACACGCAAACACACAGACACACCCACAUACACACACACACACACACACAUGCUUUCUUCUUUCUUUCAGGAAAAGUAAAAUCUCCGAUGCAUUAAGUUGAAAGAACAUGAGGUUCUUCCUCGAUGCUUACCGUCAACCAGAAAUAAGUCACCAAUCUUUUCCUAGACUGUAUAUUAAUGAGUUUCACACCGCGUUAUAACCGAUCAACCGAGAUUCGAGAUCGACGUGAAAAUGCUUGGCUGAACUGAAAUUAUACUGCGCGUGAGAAUCGGAAUAAGAAACACGGCGCGAGGAAAAACUGGAGAUCGUGCGCGCAUCGAAUACCAAAGAAUCGACUUCGCGAGAACGAAACGCGUAACGUCGCAUGAGCAAUCGAGCGACCG